AUGAAUGAAAGCAGUGAAAAGCUCAACAGUUCUCUUAUUCUUCCUUUCAGCAAAGAUUAUGAGUUCUGUUCAAAUGGUGUGUAUUUCUAUUGUGGAAAGAUGGGUUCAGGUAAGACAUUUAACCUCAUUCGUCAUAUACUCAUAACAGAGCGUUUAGGAAACGACUCUUACUAUGACCAAAUCAUUAUAUCAGCAACUUCAGACUCUAUGGACUCAACAGCGAAAACAUUUAUGUCAAAAGUUCAAGCCUCUGUCGUUAAAGUUCCAGACAGUGAACUCAUUGAAUUUCUUCAACGUUACAUUCGACGUAAGAGGAAAUAUUAUGCCAUCGUUGAAUUUAUACAGUCAGGAAUGCAAAA